AUGACAAUCAUACACACACUUGUAUGUACCACUGUGCUCAUAUCCACUCUGGCAUCUGCUGGGACUCUUAACCCUGCCAUGUAUCCAGUAAUGGACAAGCUACCUCCUGCAAAUGCAUCGUGGUCUGCUGCCAUUUUAAAAAAUAUUCCCAAUCUUCCAGUGAACCAAAAAGGUCUGCCCAACCCAGACUGGUCCAAGGAUGUUACCAACUGUCCCAAAGCCAAUCAAUGGGGUUUGUCAUACGAUGAUGGUCCUGGACCUUACACUGCAGAUCUGCUGAGUGCCCUUAAAGCCAGGAACCAGCUUGCAACUUUUUUUAUUAUAGGUUCUCGUGCCAUUGAGUAUCCCGCACAGCUACUUCAGACAUACCAGGCAGGCCAUCAGAUCGGUAUCCACACUUGGUCACAUCCCCAGGCCACCACUGUUUCAAGCGAGCAGUAUGUUGCUGAAAUUGUAUUUACUGCCCAAGCUAUCAAGGAGAUUAUUGGUGUGACUCCUCGUUUUUUCCGUCCUCCAUAUGGAGAUAUUGAUGACAGAAUUCGCGCCAUUCUACAAAAUCUUGGUUUAACCAUAGUUGAAUGGUCUCUGGACAGUAAAGAUGCUGAUGGCGCUCUUGAUGUUGUUCAGCAAUUCCAAAAAGCUGCAAACGCUGGUAGUGGCCCAGUUAUUUCUCUCGAGCACGAUCUGUUUGCCACCUCUGAACCACAGGCUGCUCCGGCUCUUGAUGCGAUCCUUGCUGGAUCUGGUAAAUAUGUUCCCAUGCCUAUUGACAAGUGCCUUGGAUAUGCUGCUUACGAUGAAGGAUUCUGGGAUCGUGUUGCUGGAAAGGGUCUUCCACCAGUCAAUCCUCUUCCUGUUAGUACGGCUUCUGCUGCCGCCACAAGUCAUUCCACAUCUCCAGCACUUCCUACUGGCUUGGUAAACAAAAAUCCUGCUUCAAGUAGUACAGGAUCGGUAGCCAAAAGUGGUAGCAUUGCUAGCCAGAUCUCUUUUGGAGUCUCUGCUAUUGCUAUUGCUGUUGGUUUGGUUUUUGUCUAAAAAUGUCUUGGCCUGGAAUCUUACAUCAACUUAUUUUCAUUGAUAUUGAGUUCAAAUAAUAAAC